AUGACCUCACAUUCCAGCCAGGUAGACGGGAUUGUCAAAAGUCCAUCGAAGGUGGGGCACGUUGUGUUCAAGACGAGCAACUUUCGCGGGAUGGUAGACUUCUACAUCAAAUUUCUGGGAUGCGUCGUGGCCUUUGAGAAUGAACAGCUCUCUAUUCUUCGAUUUGACGAUGACGACGAUCACCACCGGGUUGCCAUCCUGUAUCUUCCAGACCUCAAGCCCACCGACCCACAGGCAGUCGGGCUGGAACAUGUCGCAUUCUCUUAUUCCACGCUACCGGACCUCCUCGCUGCUUAUCAAAAGCACAAGAACAACGGUAUCUCUCCGUUCUGGUGUGUCAACCACGGUCCCACAACCAGCAUGUACUACAAAGACCCCGAUGGAAAUGGAGUCGAGCUGCUUGUCGAUAACUUCGACACGAUACGGGAAGCCAACGAGUUCAUGGCUUCUCGACUUUUUGCGGAGAAUCCCAUCGGCACAGAAUUUGAUCCUCAAGAUCUAGUUCAGCGAAUGGAACUAGGAGAGAGCGAGAGUUCGUUGAAGAAGAGAGUGGAGAUCGGACCUCGUAAGGCAUUGGGUUGCUAA